AUGUCAAAGAGAUUGACUCUCCAGAGAACACAUUCAAUCGGAUCGCUCAACCGCAGUCGAUUCAACCAGAGCAGCAAGGUCAUCGGUGACUUCAGGACAAUGAGCAUUCAGCUCAGCCAAGGCGGUUUGGCAGAGUCUGGAAAGGCAUCGAAGAAGGAAAGGAAGCGCGGCGGCGAAAAGAAGACAUUGAAAGAUAUUGCCGACUUGGAGUGGCAUCGGCUAAGUGCCGAGGAAAGCAUGACGAGGUUGGGCGUAUCCGCUCUUUCAGGACUAGAUACGGCUCAGGCAAAGCGACGCUUGGACGCUGAUGGACCAAACAAGAUCAGCAAGCCCCCAAACAAUUGGCCUCGAAAAAUCUUUACAUACGUAUUCGGUGGCUUUGGAUCACUCCUUGUCGGGGCAUCAGCUAUCUGUUUCGUCGCUUGGCGAAUCGGCCAACCACCGCAGGCUUCGAAUCUGGCCUUAGCUGUGGUGCUCCUCGUCGUCGUCCUGGUCACCUCGUUCUUCAAUGCUUGGCAGGACUUCACUACGUCGCGUGUCAUGGAGAGUGUACGGGGCAUGCUACCGUCUGACGUCGCCGUGCUCCGCGACGGGUCGAUCCAUGUCGUCCCUGCAGCCGAAGUGGUUCGCGGCGACAUCAUUGAAAUCAAAAUGGGAGCCAAAGUGGCGGCCGACUGUCGCAUUCUUUCGAUUGAGUCCGAGAUCAAGUUCGACCGGAGCAGCUUGACCGGCGAAAGCGAUGCAAUCGCGGCCACGGUCGACAUGACAGAGGAGAACUAUCUUGAGUCUCGCAACAUCGUCAUGGCGGGCACCAAAUGCGUAUCCGGCCAAGCCAGGGCCAUCGUCACAGCCACAGGCGACACGACCGUCUUUGGCAGGCUGGCGAAGCUCUCGUCGACUCCGAAGAAGGAAAGGACAACACUAGAGAAGGAGAUUUUCUAUUUCGUCCUCACCAUUGCUUCAUUGGCCGCUACCGUGGCAAUCGUUUGCGUUAUCAUUUGGGCCGCCUAUUUGCGACCCAAACAUCCCGAUUUCAUGAGCGUAUCGAGCCUCCUCGUCAAUGUUGUCUCCAUUUUGGUCGCCUUCAUUCCAGAAGGCCUUCCCUGCGCCGUCUCGCUUUCGUUGACAGCCGUUGCGGCGCGCAUGCGACGUGCCCAUGUUCUCGUCAAAUCGCUGUCCAUCGUUGAAACGCUAGGAGCGGUCAAUGUUGUAUGCUCCGACAAAACGGGCACUCUUACCCAGAACAGCAUGUCAGUCCGCGCCUGCGUCGUUCACGGAUUCGAAGAGGACGACGUCGAAGAGGCGAAGCGACACGUCGGCAUGGACACGCCCAUUGGCCACGCCUUUAAUCAGCUUCAAUGGCUGGCCGGAGUCUGCAAUGCAGCUACUUUCGACAACACUGAGUCCGAGAAGGCAAAGAGGGUGGAUGAAAGGGCCGUCCAUGGCGAUGCCACCGACACGGCCUGUCUCCGCUUUUCCCAGCUCCUCGGGGGUGAUAUCGACCAGUCCAGGAUGGGCUGGACCACGAUCCAGCAGAUGGCCUUCAACAGCAAACACAAAUUUGCUCUUCGGCUCCUCAAGGCGGACCCGGCCUUGAGCAUCACCAGGGUUGCCGAUAAGGCCCUCUCGCAAGCCGAGGCCGUCAACUUCAGUGCUGAUUCUGACCUCGUGCUUCUCACAAAGGGCGCUCCUGAUGUGCUCUUCAGUCGUUGCACCAGGACCCUCGAUGCCAGCGGAAGCGUCGUCGAGCUGACGAAAGCUCGCAAGCAGUACCUCGAGGCCGUGCAACAGGCAUGGGCUGACACGGGCAAACGCGUUCUACUCCUCGCUCGCCGCAUCGUGUCCAUCUCACCAGCGUCGCGCGUCGAAGAGCUGAACGAGGGCGAGCUGAUGGCGCUCAACAAUGACCUAACCAUCGUCGGUCUCGUCGGCAUCGUUGAUCCUCCUAGGCCGGAGAUUGCCAAAGUUGUCAAAACAGUCCGCGGUGCUGGCUCCCGCUUCUUCAUGGUAACGGGAGAUUUCCAAAACACAGCCGUAGCCAUUGCAAGACAAUGUGGUAUCGUCACGACCAAGAAGGUAGCAACGUACGACGACAUCGAAUUUUAUCGCACAAAAGAUCCUUUACCUCGCUACGACUUUCUCGAUCCAACGAACGACGAGAGGCCACAGAGGGCCAUGAGUUUGACAGGCUUCGACGUCAUGAGGCUUCAGCCGGCGGACUGGGAUGUGGUGUGCAAUUUCGACGAAAUCGUCUUCAGCAGGACCACGCCGGACCAGAAAUUGCGAAUCGUAAAGGAAUUCCAGGCCAGAGACGGUGUUGUGGCCAUGACGGGCGAUGGCGUCAACGAUGCACCGGCGCUCAAGCAGGCCGAUUGCGGUAUCGCAAUGGGAGGUGGGAGCGAAGUGGCCAUCGAAGCGGCCGACCUAGUGCUCCUGGACACCUUUGCCAGCUUCGUCGACGCGCUCCUGUACGGCAGGGUGUGCUUUGACAAUCUCAAAAAGACGGUCGCCUAUCUCCUCCCCGCUGGGUCCUUCUCCGAGCUCUGGGCAGUUCUUCUCUCCUUCUUCUUCGGCCUGCCCCAGAUGCUAUCGAAUAUUCAGAUGAUUCUCGUCUGUUGCCUCACCGACCUUUUCCCAUCGUUGUCGUUGAUCCAGGAGCAAGCCGAAUCAGACGUGCUCAAGCGCAAGCCGAGAAACGUCAAGAAGGACCGACUGGCGAACCCACAGCUUUUGCUCCAGGCCUAUGUCUUCGUCGGCAUUCCUUUGACGGUAUGCUCGUGCGCCAUGAGCUUCUGGUGGAUGCAGCGCCAGGGAAUUCCCUUUUCCGAUAUGUGGUUCAAGUACGGAGGAGGCCAGUUCCAGACAAACGACCCGGAUCGAUUUAACGAAAUCCUCUAUCAAGCGAACGCCGUCUACUUUUUCACCCUCGUCAUUCAACAGUACUUCGACCUCUUGGCCCUCCGCACCCGUCGUCUCUCCCUCUUUCAGCAGAAUCCGCUCUGGGGACCAGGACGAAACCGAUGGCUGUUUGCUGGCAUGCUCGCCUCAUUCUGCCUGGCCAUCUUCUUCUCCUACAUCCCCCCCAUUCAAAACGUCUUCCUCACCAGAGGCAUCCCCGCAGAGUACUUCUUCCUGCCUAUGGCAUUCGGCUUGGUGACGCUAUCGCUCGAUGAGCUGAGAAAGCUUGUCGUCCGACGCUACCCUCGCAGCAUCGUCGCAAGACUAGCUUGGUGA